AUGGCUGCAAUCCACUCUCUCCUUAACCCGAUCAGAGAGAGUGAGGACUAUGACAGCAACAACGACAGCAGGGAUGAGGUCUCCGCCCCCGACAGUCCAGCCUCGCCGAUGUCUGACAUAGUUCAAAACGGGCCAGACAAACGCAUUCGAAAGAAGCAAAAAAUGUGCAAAGAUGCCGCAGUCUUCAAGCCUGGGGUCAUUCAAGGGGAAUGUCGCUACCCACCGGACGAGUAUCAAGAUGAGUUGCUGGAGGCUAAACAUCAGAUGUACGAAGUGUACCCGGUUGGCGAUAUAGCGACCUACCCGAGACAUAUCCCGUACAACAGCGGGAAGAAGCUGUUUUGGGAGAAAACAGGGCGAGAGAGCUUCGAAGUCUUCCAAUAUCAAUUCAAGAUACCAGGAGACCCAAGUAUCUACACAAUGCUGUGGGACUACAACAUCGGCCUGGUCCGUACCACGCCUUUGUUCAAAUGUGGAAACUAUUCAAAGACAACGCCUGCAAAGAUGCUAGCCAGAAACCCUGGAUUGAAAGAACUCUGCCACAGUAUCACUGGAGGAGCUCUGGUUGCACAAGGAUACUGGAUUCCCUACGAUGCGGCUAAAGCAAUGGCUGCCACAUUUUGCUGGCACAUUCGCUAUGCCCUGACGCCAGUGUUUGGAAAGGACUUCCCAGACAUGUGCCUGCCUCCCGACUCUGAGGAUUUUGGCUCCAUGCAGAUUGAUCCAGAGAUCACCAAACGCUGUGCUUUGCAAGCUCGGCACUAUCGCGAACUCGAGAGCAGCUUGGUUGCAUCAGGCCCGUCGUCUGGCAUAUCCAGUCCUCGGACGCCACAAACGCCCCAAGUUCGCCCUCAACUCAGAAAGAUCUUGCCCAAGCCAUACAAUGAGACGGACACGCUGAGCGAAUACUCAACAGACACAAGCCGUGAGGACGAAUAUGAAUUGUCUUCCUCGCCCCAGGUUGCCUUUACCAACCCUUGGUCCGCAGUCAACACUCCUCGCUCUCCUUCUCCCAGAAUCUCUUUUGACAACCCAUGGUCGCCGUCCAGCACAACUAGGUCGUCUUCCCCUUGUCGAACGUCUCGUAGAGCUCGGAUGGCGGCCAACAUCCCGAGAUCCCAUACCCCUCUUGAUCUUUUGCCACCGCCUCGGAAGCCAUUGUUCACUACCACUGCGCCCUUGGAUAUCCAACCUGACCAGUCGAUUCCAGGCAUGUCUCCUAGUUCAGUUGCGCGUGCCACGGAGGUUGACGAAGACUAUGAUGGUGGGUCAGACGAUUCUGAGGAUUGGGAGAUGAAGAACGGUGCUACAGCGAGGAAGCAGUCGUCGAGGGGAUUUACCGACGCCAAGGCUGCGUACGUGUUGAUGAAGUUGAAGACGCAGGGGGGCAUGCUCAAGACGGACUCGAAGUCCUUGAAGCGUCGGGCUUCAGCGUAG